AUGCCCCCUCAUCCAGCCCCUGUGGGGCCCAGCGCCCGGCCUCUCAUCCAGCCCCUGUUGGGCCCAGCACCCAGGCCUCUCAUCCAGCCUCUGUUGGGCCCAGCGCCGGGGCUUCUAAUCCAGCCCCUGUGGGGCCCAGUGCCCGGCCCCAUCAUCCAGCCCCUGUGGGGCCCAGGACCCGGCCCCCUCAUCCAGCCCCUAUGGGGCCCAGCGCCCGGCCCCCUCAUCCAGACCCUGUGGGGCCCAGCGCCCAAGCCUCUCAUUCAGCCCCUAUGGGGCCCAGCGCUCAGGCCCCCUCAUCCAGCCCCUGUGGGGCCCAGCGCCUGGCCCCUCCUUCAGCCCCUGUGGGGCCCAGCGCCCGGCCCCCUCAUGCAGCCCCUAUGGGGCCCAGCGCUCAGGCCCCCUUAUCCAGCCCCUGUGGGGCCCAGCGCCUGGCCCCUCCUUCAGCCCCUGUGGGGCCCAGCGCCCGGCCCCCUCAUGCAGCCCCUGUGGGUCCCAGCACUCAGGCCCCUCAUCCAGCCCCUGUGGGGCCCAGCGUCCGGCCCCCUCAUACAGCCCCUAUGGGGCCCACCGCCCAGGUAUCUCAUCCAGCCCCUGUGGCACCCAGCGCCCAGGCUCAUCCAGCCCCUGUGGGCCCAGUCCCCGGCCCUCUCAUCCAGCCCCUAUGGGGCCCAGUGCCCAGGCGCCUCAUCCAGCCACUGUGGGGUCCAGCGCCCGGUCCCCUCAUCCAGCCCCUAUGGGGCCCAGCGCCCGGCCCCCUCAUCCAGACCCUGUGGGGCCCAGCGCCCAGGCCUCUCAUUCAGCCCCUAUUGGGCCCAGCGCUCAGGCCCCCUCAUCCAGCCCCUGUGGGGCCCAGCGCCCGGCCCCCUCAUCCAGCCCCUGUGGGGCCCAGCGCCCGGCCCCCUCAUCCAGCCCCUGUGGGGCCCAGCGCCCGGCCCCUCCUUCAGCCCCUGUGGGGCCCAGCGACCGCCCCCCCUGAUCUAG